UUUGAAAGAAUGUACCUAAACUGGAACUUGAAUGCCGUUGAAUCAAAACACACCUACUUUCCAUGAUAAUUUAAGACAUAUUUGAUACAAAAAUUUUUAAAGGAAGAGUCUCAGGCUACUGAUAAAUAUAUCUCAAAAGAUAAGACAUGAUGCGCUGUUGUUGUAACCCACCUCCUCGCCCUUCACCAAUUUGUUGCUGCUCUUGGCCUCCGAAGACACACCAAUGCUAUUGCAGCAGUAACCAAUCCAUGACUAAUAUUAUGUCUUGCCAAAACUUUGUACAAGACUGCCCAUGCAGCACAUAUAAAUGCCGCCCACGAGAACCACCACUUCGUGCAAUGCAGAAAGCUCUAGUGGACAAGUGGAAUGAGCUGGAAAAAUUGGGUCAACUGGCCCAUGCAUAUUGGUGCCAGGCAAGGGCUUUGAGGCAACAACUUGCAUGCUUACAGGCAAAGUACUGUUGGCUUCAACGUCAAGAAUCUAUUGGCAAUGAACCGUGCAGCCAGUACGGGCGUGCAAGGUAUUCUGAGUCAAACCAAUUACAACCUUAUUGCCAGCCUGACAAUCCAUCUGUUUAUCAAGGAGUACUUAAGGUUCGAGAGAGAGAAAAUGUUCCAAAUCAAGUUUGUAUAUGUAACAAUCCUGAGACCACAACAACUUAUAGAGGAGUUGUACGAGUUCAUGAUCAGGACAGAGGUGCACAACCGUGUUGCCCUCCACCACCCUGUGGACAAGACUAUGCUUUGGAGACUGAAAAACUAAGAACAGAGUGUCAAAUCAAGGACUUGACCUACCAGCUAUCCAAAAUAACCCAGUGUGAGGUGGAGAUUCAUGGAAAGCUACAGAAACUCCAUGAAGAACUUGAAUAUCUCCAGUCAAAAGUAAAAUCUAAUUGGGGGCAAAAUGCCGUGGACAAAUGUACACCAGCAAGAGAGAACCAAACUAGAUUUUUCUGAAAUACACACCUUCUUUGGUUGUCAACCUGCUGACAUCAGCAUCAUUUACUCUUAAAAUAAUAUCUCCAGCUUCCACCUGAAAAUUGAAAACAAAAUGGGUUGUCAGCAAGACCAACACACUUCACAGCAUUAUAAGUAUAUUGCAAACAAAAAUUAUCAACCAUGUCUUCAAAUUGAUAUACAAAUAGAAUGAACAGGACUACCAAUAAAUAGGGCACCACUAA